GACGUUUCCUUGUUUGUUUACAUUCGGCUCAAUUACGCGAUUCUGGCGAUUAUUUUCCCUCCAAACUGUUUAAUUUUGUAGUUUCUGUUGGAAAAUGUCGCUUUUUAGUUGAAAUUACAAUUUGUUUAACUUUUUGUUUAAUGAGCGCAUUGUUUUAAAGUUCCUUAUGUGUUAGUUUCGGUGUGGAAAGAGCGCGUGAACGGCGUGCUCGUCGUGGGGGAGGGAUCAUCAUUUGGCGGACAAAAAUAAAUUUCAACCUUGGGGUCAUUUGGAGCGCAAAAGAUACUCUUCCCACCGCCGAGAAGAUUAGUGCGAAAAGCAUGCUUUAUCAUAGCAAAAGAUUGGUUUCGGUCUUGCUUCUGCUGCUACUGGUUGCCGGAACCACACCAGCCAGCGCUUCGAUAUUCGAGUACAUCUGGCCGACAGACGAGAAUGCCGAUUCUUCAACAGCCGUCGAUACCUUUCCUUCCGUACCGUACGAACUGUCCGACGGCGAGGAAAGCUUUAUCCGGGAAGCGUCCAAAUGGAUCGGUAUGAACCUUUCGAAGCUAGACAUUUGCCAUCAUCGAGUUAUUUUGAAGCUGAAAAAAUCCUGCCACGAACUGAACGCGGAACAGAUGGGGAAGCUUGCCGUGAUGCUGCUCAACUGUCAGUCCGAUUCGGAAGGACGUCCGGUGUUUCCGUGCACCGAUGAGAUGUCGCUACGCCAGUGUACCGAGCGGAUGGAUCCGAACACGUGGAAUGCUUACCAUCUGAUUACGAACCGUGCGAAGGCAGUGUGUGCCAGUGUGCGGCACGAACAGUUCCGCGGAUUAACGGAGCUAACAGUGAACAAGCUCAUGACUACGGCACACGGCCAGGUGCGAAUGAUGGACGAAUUGGCAGAGAGUCAGCAAAAGCUACAAACCAUCACAAAGCAAGCGAUGGACGCGAUGGAAGACAAUAACGAGCGUAUUAUGCACCAGCAGGGUGACAUUAUGCAACUUUCCGAAGUGCACCGUGCGAAGGUAGAGUCCAACUUUCGUGAAUUGGCCCGUGGAAAGGAUCUGAUUAAGGCUGGCCAGCAGGAAGUCGCCGUACUGUUGACGGAUCUACGCCGGCGUAUCGAUGACAGCAUGCAGCAGCUGGAAGUACAAUCACAACGAAUCAAGCUAGAUCACGACGCGUUGCUAAGCAACCUGGAACGGUUGCAAGCGAAUGCGGCUGAAAUUGCGGCCAAGAUUGAAGAAACGGGAGUUCACUUUACACAGCACCACCGGGCGGUUGAAGAUCAGUUCCGGUACACGUUGGAGCAGGUGCAGCGUAUUAACGCCACCGUUGCCAGCAUGCUCGAAUCGAUCAGAACGCUGCAGCAAGAUUUCAACCGUCAUUUGUCGUGGCUGGUAGAAAAAAUAGGAGGCAGUGAGAAAAUUCUUCCGAAGCUGAAUGUGAUUCUGGUGCAUUUAGGUUACCUCCUGCUCGGCAUGAUAUGUCUCGCGUUUGUCGGUUCGGAUAAAGUGUUGCGCGUUGUGUUGGUUGUCGCUGUACCGGGGAAUCUGAUCGGUGGAUUGCUGGAACUGUUCGACCCGGAUGUCGUGCGGCUGUCCGUUGGACUGGGAUGUGCCGCUGUGGUGGAUGUAUUGGCACACUUCGUUAUGAAGAUUAUUUCGGUGCGUGACGCUUCAAAAGCAGAAGAAACAUCAACCCACAAUCAAGAACGUCCAGCAGAACAUAGAGCUCCCAACGGACGAACUCCUUCCACGGAGGAAAGUGAUGAAGAAGAGUUUCAACCAUUGCGAACCCGCCGGAAAAGUAUCACAAGGGAACAGUCGACCAGUUCCACCGUGGCAGAUUCCGUUCGACGUAGUUUUUCACGAUUUAGUGACGAUUUUCGUCGACGUAGUGUGACCCCACGGGAGGGAUCCUACACCGAACGGCAGCACUGUACGGCUACGACGUUGCGAGGCGACCGUUGCCGGGGAUUUGCGCUGGCCGGUACCGAAUUUUGUCGCCUACAUGAACCUAGGGGACUGUGAGGUAGGUUGGGGGGCUGUUUUAUUACGGUUUUUUGGGGUGGAGUUGGGGAGAUGAUUUUUGAGAGCAACAGGUGAGCAGUUUCAUGAUUUUAGGUUUUUGUUUUCUAGUACCUCGCCGAUUAUAAAAUACCUCAAACUAGAAGUUCUCUUAACAGUGUUACUUUGAUUUAUUUUAUCGGAGGAUUUGGUAAUGGUUGGAAGGGAGAGAGAGUUUAAUUUUUUACAUUUAAGUAGAUUCUAGUUUGUCCUUCGUUUUUUUUUUUGGUACUGUUUUAUAUUUAGUUAAGGAAAUUUAAUUAAUUUUAAGAUAAAAUCAUUGGGACGGUUAUUAUAACAAGCAAUCACAUUUCUUAUAGUACAAUUAUUUGAAGUUAUUAUUGUGAUUUGGUGCCGAUUUUGAGUGCGAAAAAAACAUGAACAAGGGUUGUGGAGAAAAUAAAGUUGAGUUACAAUCAAA